AUAUUGAAAAAACAUUUUUGUAAGCUAUUUGAGAUUAUUGAUGAAAAAAGUGAAGUGUUUGAGGCCCAAAGCUCUGGGUGGAGCCUUUUUUGCAUCAAACACUUAGAAAUCAAUAUUAACGAAUAUAAACCACUGAGAGGGUCAAGCUAUAUUAAACUGCCAAGCUGUAUAGAAUCAAAAAAGGCAUGUGUUAAUAUUCAAAAUAAUGACGAGUAUUGCUUUAAAUGGUCCAUCAUAUCAGCACCCCAUCCAGCCAAUCUUCACGUAAAUAGAACCAGCUCUUAUUCAAUACCUGAAAUAUCCGAUGACUUCAUAAAUUUACCCAAUGGACUUCAGCUCAACUUUACAAAUCUUAUUUUCCCCUUGAAGCUGAAAGAUGUAUCGCUCUUCGAAGAGCUCAACCCGAGGAUAAGUGUUAACGUCUUUGGCAUUGAGCCGAAAAAUAUCGGAGACAAAUAUAAAGUUGUUGGACCUUACCAUUGCACAAAGAACGUCAAGGAGAACCAUAUAAAUCUGUUGUUCAUCAUCUGGAUAAAAAAUAUUUCAAGACUGAUCAGCAUGCAAGUAAAUCAUGGGAACCAUUCUAUAAGAAUGUGCAAUUCUUGCCUGCUUACAUUUAACACGGAAAGAGCAUUUCAACAACAUCAAAGAGAAUGCAACAAAACAGCAACUGAACUACCGAAGGAAGAUGCCAAUAUCCUUAAAUUUGAGCAUUACGACAGAUCUAUGGAGGUACCCUUCGCAGUCUAUGCCGAUUUCGAGUGCAUGCUGGAAAACAUUGAGAGUUGUCAACCAGACCCGUCAAAGUCUUCAACGACAGCAAUAAAGGUGCAUGUACCCGUAGCAGUCUCAUAUUAUUUGAAAUGCUCUUUUAAUUCAUCAUUGGACAAGCUGUUCCAAUACACAGGAAACGAUUGUGCUCGAGUGUUCCUAGGUUCUCUAAUUGAAGUAACAAAACGUAUGUACCAAGAACACUUGAGGGUAAUAGUACCACAAAUUGUAACAUUUGAAAGCAGCGAAAUGUUUAGAAGGGCCACCAAUUGCCAUAUAUGUGGUAAUUAUCUAGGACUGGACAGAGUACGGGACCAUUGCCAUUUAACUGGGAUUUUUAGAGGUGCGGCUCAUAGCAGAUGUAAUUUAAAUUUUAAGGUACCAAAAUUCUUUCCUAUAUUUUUCCAUAAUCUCACUGGAUAUGAUGCCCAUUAAUUUAUUAAGG